GAUAGAUAGAUAGAUAGAUAGAUAGAUAGAUAGAUCUUUAAACUCUGUGUGUUGCUGCACCACAGUGAGUUCUUCAUGCCUGGAAUGAUCGACACCCACAUUCACGCAUCUCAGUACAGCUAUGCCGGCACAGCUCUGGACCUGCCUUUGCUGCAGUGGCUCAAUACUUACACCUUCCCAGUCGAGUCACGCUUCAAGGACCUAGAGUUUGCUCAAAAGGUCUACAGUCAAGUAGUGAAAAGGACCUUACGAAAUGGAACAACCACAGCAUGCUACUUUGCCACCAUACACACCGACGCUUCUCUUUUGUUGGGUCAGAUUGCAAACGACUGUGGACAGCGUGCGCUGGUGGGAAAGGUGUGUAUGGACAGAAACAGCUCUGUAAAGCAUUACAAAGAAACCAUCCAGGAGUCUCAAGAUGAAACUUAUCGGUUCAUCAAAGAGUUCUUGAAGAAAAAGUACCCUCUGGUAAAGCCCGUGGUGACUCCCCGCUUCGCUCCAUCCUGCACAGAAGAGUUGCUCGCACAGCUGGGAGAAAUCGCAAAGAAUAACAACCUGCACAUUCAGAGUCAUAUCAGUGAAAACAUGGAGGAAAUUAAGCUUGUACAGGAGCUGUUUCCUGACUCGGAGUCAUAUACAGAUGUCUAUUACAAACACAGCCUGCUCACUGAUAAGACAGUGAUGGCCCAUGGCUGCCACCUCACCGAUAAAGAGCUGGCUCUGUUCAAGGAGACAGGAGCCUCUUUGUCUCACUGCCCUAAUUCCAACUUUUCGUUGUGCAGUGGAGUGUUAGAUGUACGCAAUGUCCUGAAUCACAAAGUGAAACUGGGGCUUGGAACGGAUGUGGCAGGUGGCUACUCAUCUUCAAUGCUGGAUGCUGUAAGAAGAGCUCUAGAUGCAUCUAAAGUCCUAACCAUCCAGAACCCAGAGCAUGAAACACUUACCUUUGAAGAGGUGUUCAGACUUGCCACACUGGGGGGCAGCCAAGCCCUAUCUCUGGAUGACAAAACUGGAAACUUUGAAGUGGGUAAAGACUUUGAUGCUUUGAGGGUUAACGUGGCGACUCCUGGUGGACCAAUUGAUCUGAUCCAGUGCGACGGACCAAAAAUUCUUUUGGAAAAGUUCUUGAAUGUUGGUGACGAUCGUAAUAUCGUGGAGGUGUAUGUAGCUGGAAGGAAGGUGGUCCCAUUCCCAGAGACAACGUCAGAGUGA